UGGUUAACACCAGAGCCCAACUCUAGUUAGGUUCUGUUCAGUUUGCUGUUGCAGCUGCAGAGGGCGACAAACGCCAUUGUUUCCAUCGUUAUUACAGUCCACCUGCGCGAGGAGUUUAGAUGAAAGGAGAUAUCUGAUGACUCCAGGUUGCAGCAAUGGAAAAGGACAGCAGACCAUCGUGGGACAAUCCCAUGCAGUUCGUCCUGGCUUGCGUGUCUUACGCAGUGGGACUGGGGAACGUGUGGCGCUUCCCGUACCUCUGUCAAAUGCAUGGAGGGGGCGGGUUCCUGAUCCCCUAUCUUAUCAUGCUGUUGGUGGAGGGCGUGCCCCUCUUCUACAUGGAGCUGGCUAUUGGACAGAAGAUGCGGCUGGGCAGCAUCGGGGCAUGGAGCGCCAUCAGCCCUUAUUUGGGGGGAGUGGGUAUUGCGAGCGUUGUGACAUCAGUAUACCUGUGUGUGUACUACAAUGUAAUCAUCGCCUGGGCCUUUUGGUACCUGUUCCACUCCUUCCAGACUUGAGAAAUUGUAGUGAAGUACCUUGCAAUCGGGGACAACAGUGGUGUCCCAGCUUGGACUCUACAUCACACGCUAUCCUGCAGAAUCUGUGUCGGCAGGCUGUGCUGCCCUGGGCAGAGUGCCCUGCCAACGGCAACCUGACGGGCCAGCUGGAGGAGUGCGAGCUGGGCACGCCCACGCAGUACUUCUGGUACAGGGAGACCCUCAACAUCUCCUCCUCCAUCGAGGAACACGGAGGCAUUCACAAAGGCCAGGCCGUCUGCCUCCUGCUGGCCUGGAUGCUGGUCUACCUCUGCAUUAUAAGAGGGGUCCAGUCCACAGGGAAGGUGGUGUACUUCACUGCAACAUUUCCAUAUGUGGUCUUGACCAUUUACCUGAUCAGAGGUAUCACGUUGCACGGGGCAAUGAAUGGCAUCGCAUACAUGUUCACACCAAAGUUGGAGGAGCUGGCUAAUCCCAUGGCGUGGAUCAACGCUGCCACGCAGAUCUUCUACUCGCUGGGCCUGGGGUUCGGCUCCCUCAUCGCCUUCGCCAGCUACAACCGCUAUCACAACAACUUCGAGCAGCAGGCCAUCAUCGUGUCGCUCAUAAACAGCGGCACGUCCGUCUUCGCCAGCAUCGUCACCUUCUCCAUUUACGGCUUCAAGGCCACUUUCAACUACGAGAGCUGCCUGGAAAGGGUGAGAAUGCUGCUCUUAAACACCUUGGAUGUGGCAGAGGACUCCAUCACCCUCGACAACAUGAGGCAUUGGUUGGCAGAGCUGAACAGCACACAUCCAGACCAGUCUUCUGCUUUGGCCUACAAGCUGGACAGCUGCAGCCUGGAAUCUGAACUAGACACGGCUGUGGAAGGCACAGGCUUGGCGUUCAUCGUGUACAGCGAGGCCAUUAAGAACAUGCCCUUGUCCCAGCUCUGGUCCGUGCUCUAUUUCUUCAUGCUGCUUAUGCUGGGGGUGGGGAGCAUGCUCGGAAACGUCACAGCCAUCACCACCCCACUGCGCGACUCCAAGUUCCUGUCUGGCUACUUCAACAAAGAGGUCCUCAACGGUUUGGUAUGUCUCCUCUGUCUGCUUCUUGGCCUGGGCUUCACCACCCGCUCAGGGAACUACUGGUUUGCCAUCUUCAAUGACUAUGCCUGCACCUUCUCCCUGCUCCUCAUCGUGCUCAUUGAGACCAUCAGUGUCUGCUACAUCUACGGCCUAAAAAGGUUUGAAAAAGACAUUGAGGACAUGAUCGGCCACCGGCCCAGCUGGUACUGGAAGAUCGUGUGGGCAGCCGUUGGCCCGAUCAUCAUCAUUGGGCUGUUUGUGUUCUACGUCGCCAGCUACAUAAUGGGCGGAACAUACACUUACCAUGCCUGGGACAAAGACCUGGGCAGGUCAGUGCCCAAGGAGUACCCGUUGAGCGCGCAGAUAGUCAUCCUCCUCCUCCUGCUGUCCUCUGUCUGCUGCAUACCGCUGACGGCGCUCUACGCUUACUGCAAGAAGAAGGAGCCCAAAGAAGGUGUCGUCAGUUGUCCUUUGACCUCUGAAGAAAUUUCCUGAAGGGGAGGAAGCCAAGAGACUCAUUUGUGCAGUGAGACCUCUAGGCAGUAGCAUUCACCCGUCUGGACAAACUGAAACGUUCAUAUCAUUACUAUUCAGUCAUCAUUUAUGGAAAAACCAGGCGGUAGUUUGGGUUUAUAUUUCUCUCGUGUAAGAUUACCGAAUCCAAGCAGGUCUUUUAGUAUUUUUUUAAAAAGUUGUAUUCAUGAACUGUGUGAACUGAAUUCAUAUUUCAGUAUUGUCUAUGAUUGGGGCGUUUCUCUCCAAUGUUUAUUCUAGUUGAAUGGAUGUACGCCUAUUGGUUCUUAAAUUCUGAAAUGAAUGUGCAUUCAUACUGUACAUAUAUACAGGUUCUGACCAUGGACCAAACCAACCAAAAUAGUUUCACCAACACUUAUUUCCACACCAUUAAUUGGCACAGAUAUCACAGGGUGGUUCAGAGGCAAGGACAUUCAGAAAUGCAAGUCAUCUGAAUUUUUAUUUUACAUAUUGCCUCCCAUAUGUCUCAGCUGGAGAUAAAUUGGUUAAAGCAUUUAGAUUUUUAACAGAUGCAAACACACUUAUUGGAUAAGAAAUUUUAAAAUAUUGCUGAUCACACGUUUAGAUUUGUCUUUUCAAUUACAGUGGGCUCCCCAAAAAUUAGCACUGGAAGACCUCCUCAUUGAAUGCCAAAAUCAAUGGUUUUUCUUUUUAUGGAUCAUUAUACUCAUUAGAUUUAGAUGUAAAUUGGUGGCCCAAAAUGAGUCUGAAAUGUGCCCUUGCAUUAGAUACUUUAGAACACAAGUAUUGUCGGUUCAUUAACAAAUAUAUGAACCUUGACCAAGUUACACAGAUGGGACAGGAUUUUCAAAAAAUGUGCAUAGAUCGUUGGCGCUGGGACAAAGAAAUGAUAGUUUGAAGUGAAACAAUUAUUCUGUGACAACCAGGAAUAAAUACCUCGACUUGGGAUUGGAGUGGCGUAUAGUUAACUCCUCCACCCUUAAUCCAAACUUUAUGAAUGACAGCUUUUGAUGAAAUGGUAUAUUCAUGUUUGUGCAACUGCAUACAAUAAAAAUUGUUCUGCCUUG